CUGUUCAUUUGAGUAUUCAUACACUUAGACACUUCCGUUACUUCCCAUAACUUCCAAAUACCUCUAUAAAUUUCUUUUGAACCCAAAACAUAGAAAUCAAAUUUCAACGUUCAACAAAAUGCCUGACAGUACAGAGAAUAAUCAACGUACAACCGACAAGCCCAUGUCUUAUGAACUCUCAUUUUUAAUUAAACUCAUUCCCGAAACUUUUGAUGGAGAUAGAUACAAAAUUCGCAGUUUUAUCAAACAAGUUGAUGGAGCUUUUGAACUUGCGUCUGCUCAGCAAAAGCCAGCACUUUUACUCUAUGUGAAAAGUCGUAUCACUGGCAAAGCUCGCGAGCAGAUCGACAUUCAUUGCAGCCUCACGACUUGGGAAGAAAUUUCUGACCUUCUCCUAAAUCUUUAUCAUGAUAAGAAAACUCUUGAUCAAUUGUUCGAAGAAUUGAAUUCUAUACACCAAAUGAGAAAUGAAAAUGUCUCACAAUAUUACCAGAGAAUUGAAGACCUCUCAUCGCGUAUUCUCGCAACAAUUCACACGACCGAACAAGACGAAACUCUCCUACCGGGCUCUAUCGCAAUGGUCACUAAGAUCACUCUAAAUCGAUUUAUUUAUCACACACACCCUCAAAUCUCGCAAAUGCUCCGCUACCGCGAAUUUACUACAAUCAAUCGAGCUUUUACUGCCGCGGUAACCGAAGAAAAAGCCCUUCGAAUGCAAUAUAAUUCGUAUGCUAAAUGCAGACAUUGUGGUAGAUCAAAUCACACGAGUGAUGACUGCCGACUUAAAAAUAGAAAUUCAAAUUCCUUCACAUCACGUGAACAUAAACAGAUUCAUUUUUCUCAGGAAAAUUCUCACCAAAAUACUUUCAAAAAUCAAAAUCAAUCACAAAACCCAAAUCGAUUUAAUAAUCAACGACUCAAUCAAAAUUCGAACCGAUCAAAUUCUCAAAAAACGUGCAACUACUGUAAAAAGAGUGGUCAUGUUAUUGAAGAAUGUAUAAAACGAUUUGCUGCAAAUGUAAAGAAAAACCGGGAUAACGCAUCGCAAAAUCGACAACAAUCAAGCGUCAACGUUAGCAACCCAAUGCAAAAUAAAAAUUUUCAAACGGUCAAUCGUAAUUUACAUCAACCAGAGCUAUCUGAACAAAAAAAUGAAGCUCCAACUACCUCUACAACUUUAAAUUCAUUUGCUUUUCAUAUACCCUCGAAUAACAACGAGUUAACAUAUAUUCUCUUUGAAUCCCCUCAUUCAGACGAUUCUGAUCAAAUCCUUAAAUUUUUGGUCGACACUGGAGCGGCCGUCUCUCUCGUAAAAGCCUCGAGUAUUCGUAAUUAUAAAAUCAUCAAUCCUGAGCCAAUUAUCCUCAAUGGUAUUAAACCCAACGCACCGAUCAUGACUCUUGGACAGACGGAACUAAAUUUGUCGGUCAAUUCUAACUCUUUCUUUAAUAAAUUUCAUGUCCUUAAUUCGGAUACAGGAAUCCCAUUUGAUGGUCUCGUGGGACAAGAUUUUUUCCAAAAGCAUAAUUGCAAAAUCAAUUAUCAAAAUUCGACAAUCUCAAUCGACGCGCUACCAUUUCCCUUACCACUACAAAGUAAUGCUAUUCUAUUUCACAACGCAUCACAAAUAAUUAUUCAACCUCGCUCUGAAAUAAUUGCAAAAAUAUCGCUCAUGAAUCCUCUCAACCUCGACGAAGGUAUAAUCACCGGUCAAUUUCUCGAUAAAGAAGAACAAGUAUUAAUUCCCACAGCUCUCGUAAAAGCAACAAAUAAAAAAGAAUCGUUUAUUACAAUUAUAAAUCGAUCCGCAGAAGAGAAAAUCAUUCCGAAACCAUGUUUACCGCUUUUAUCUCCUCCUCAUCAAAUGAAAGUUUUUCAUAUAAAUAACAAUUCGAAUAACUUAAAAAAAAGACAUGAAUUACUACAUGAAAAUCUCCGCACUGAACACCUUAAUCCGGAAGAAAAACAAUCAUUAACCAAACUCUGUGAAGAAUUUCACGAUAUUUUCAAUCUCCCAGACGACAAAUUAUCCUAUACCUCAGCGACAGAUUGUAAAAUCCCUACAAUCGACAAUAUCCCAAUUCAGGUAAAAUCCUAUCGGUACCCCGAGGUACAUAAAAACGAAGUUUCCAACCAAAUAGAAAAAAUGAUGAAACAAGGGAUCAUAAAACCCUCUGUAAGCCCAUGGUCGAGUCCACUCUAGGUCGUCCCCAAGAAAAUGGAUGCUUCAGGCCAACGAAAGUGGCGCAUAGUUAUCGACUAUAGAAAACUUAAUGAAAAAACAAUAGGAGACGCGUACCCUCUUCCAAAUAUAGAAGAUAUAUUAGACCAAUUAGGCCAUUCUCAUUAUUUCACAACACUUGAUCUGGCAAGUGGUUUCCAUCAAAUCCCGAUGCACCCCGAUGAUGCCCAGAAAACCGCUUUUUCGACCCCAUCUGGUCACUAUGAGUACACGCGAAUGCCCUUCGGAUUGAAGAAUGCUCCUGCUGUAUUUCAAAGAUUAAUGAAUAAUGUUCUCACUGGCCUCACUACUACCCAAUGUUUUGUCUAUCUAGAUGACGUGGUUAUUUAUGCAACUAAUCUCGCUGAGCACGAAACAAAGUUACGUAACGUUUUUAAUCGACUGCGCGAAAAUAAUUUGAAACUCCAACCUGACAAGUGCGAAUUCCUCCAUGAAUCUUGUCAAUAUCUCGGACACAUUAUUUCUAAAGAUGGAGUUAGACCGAAUCCCCAGAAAAUCUCGUGUAUUCAACAGGUAAAACCUCCUACGAAUCCUAAAGAAAUCAAAAUCUUCCUCGGAAUGGCUGGUUACUAUAGAAAAUUUAUACCAAACUUUUCCACAAUUGCAAAACCAUUGACCUUAUUAUUAAAAAAUGAUGUACCAUUCGCUUGGACGGAAAAACAACAAGACGCAUUCGACAAAUUGAAAUCGAUUUUAACCAAUGAACCGUUACUCCAAUACCCAGAUUUUUCGAAACCUUUUACGGUAACUUGUGACGCAUCGAAUGUUGGUAUCGGUGGCGUCCUAUCUCAGAUUAUUAAUGAUAAAGACUUACCUAUUGCAUAUUAUUCACGGACAUUAAAUUCUGCUGAACAGAAUUAUUCUACUACAGAAAAGGAAUUAUUAGCAAUCAUUCAAACAGUUGAAUAUUUUCGCCCCUACUUAUACGGACGAGAAUUCACUAUUUACACGGAUCACAGGCCUCUUCAAUGGCUAUUUAAUUGCAAAAAUCCAUCCUCAAAACUUGUUCGAUGGCGACUGCGCUUAUCGGAAUACCAGUACAUUAUUAAAUACAAACCAGGUAGAGUCAAUUCUAACGCUGAUGGUUUAUCGCGCUUAAUUUGCGAUACAAAUCCAGAAAAUAAGACAAUACUUUUAAUGAACAAAUCCGAGAAAACUUAUCAAGAUUUUACAAAGUUUCAUUACACGAAUCAAGAUGUGAUUGAUUAUCCAAAAGAAGAAACUCCCCUUUCUAAAUUAAAAGGAAAUAUUGUAUUUCUUUGGUCUGAAGAUUUGGAUAGAGAAAAUCAAUAUUCAGAAUACAUCACCGAGAAUUUCGAUACGAAUAGCCUAACAUCAAACCCCAAUGGAUUCGAGAAAUUAACUAACGAUCACCAAAAUUUAUUCAUUCUAUUUCCUAAGAGCAAGCAUCAUGACAAGAUUGAUUAUCGAAAUUUAUUUCAAACUUUUAUGAAAUUCAAAGUUGAGAUUAAAUCAAAAGACUUUACUCUAAUACCUCCAAAAUUAAAAAACGGAGUUAAGCCUGAAAUCUUUAAUGAAAUGGUUAAAUUUAUUUUUCCAUCCAACAACGUCAAAUUUCUUAAUACGAAGAAAAUCAUCCCUCAGAAUCUAGACGAAAUUAAAAUCAUUCUCAAAGAAUUCCAUGAUAGUAAGUUAUCUGGACAUAGUGGUUUCAAUCGAACGUAUUCAAAGGUAAAAGAAACGUAUUAUUGGCCAACAAUGAAGAGUGAUAUUCGAAAUUACAUAAAGAAGUGUCACUCUUGUCAAUUAAAUAAAACUAAUUUCAAACCCACUAAACAACCAAUGGAGAUCACAACUACUUCUGAAAAACCUUUUCAAAGAUUAGCAAUUGACGUUGUAGGACCAUUACCCUUGACAGAACAAGGCAAUCGUUUUAUCAUUACUGCUCAAGACGAUCUCACAAAAUAUUCGUUUGCAUUUCCUGUUCCCAAUCACGAAGCUCAGACGGUUGUUGAUAAACUUCUUAGUAUUUUUGUUUACUUUGGAAUCCCUCAAACUAUUCUUACCGAUCAAGGUACAGAUUUUAUGUCAAGUCUCAUGAAAGAAAUGACUAACCUUUUUAAAACUAAACAUAUCUCGUCAACCCCAUAUCAUCCGCAAACUAAUGGUGCACUAGAAAGAUCCCAUCUCACUCUUAAGGACUAUUUGAAACAUUAUAUCAAUAAAAAACAGACCGAUUGGGAUACAUAUGUUCUAUUUGCAAUGUUCAGUUAUAAUACUGCAAUUCAUAAGUCAACUCAUUUCACUCCUUAUGAACUUCUCUUUGGUCACAAAGCUUAUUUACCAUCAUCUAUCACGCAAGACCCCGAAUUUCAUUAUACCUAUGAUGAUUAUAUUCGAUCAUUACAAUUUAAAUUAAAUUCUUCCUUUCAAAUGGCACGAGAGAAUUUGAUCGAAUCGAAAUUGCGAAGCAAAGAAUAUCACGACAAAAAAAUUCGUCCCAUUGAAUUCAAAGUCGGUGAUUUAGUUACAAUCGAAAAUAAAGGCACGACCCCGGGUCUUUCGAAAAAAUUGAGUCCCAACGCGAAAGGACCAUUUAAAAUUAUUAAACUAUUCGCGAAUCAAACCGUAGAAUUACAAAUUGGUAGAAAGUUAGUAAGAUAUCAUACUAAUUUACUAAAACCCUAUUUUUCAGAUGAAUCAAACAAUCCUGAUUCUAUUCCUACUUCCUCUCCUAAUUAAUUGUAAAGACUUUUAUUCUUUUUAUCCUUUUGAAAAUACAAGUGGUAUCUUUUAUAAUAAAAAGGGAAUCGUUCAAAUCACUAACUCCAAAUUAACUCUUCUCACUUAUCUCAAUAGAACUCAUCUCAGAGACACAUUCGAUAUCAUUAAUAAAUAUUUAAGUAAAACUGAAGAAAUUUGUAAACAGACGACGAAUGAAAUUACUAAAAAGAGUAAUAUCAGUUUCCAUUGUGAUCAUUCAAUUGAUCUUAUUAAAUCAGAAAUGACAGAAAUUAAAAUAAAGAAUGAUAUUCUUCGACAAAUGACUGAGAGAUCAAUUAUCAGAAGAAAGAAACGUGGUCUCAUCAAUGGAUUGUCUUAUAUAUUCAAAUGGAGUUUCGGCAUGCCUAACGCAGACGAUGCCCAAUAUUAUGAAAAUUCAAUAAAAAUGUUGACAAAUAAUAACAAACAAACACAGACAUUGCUGAAAUCACAAGUUCAAAUAAUUGCAAACGCAAUUAGAAAUUUCAAUAACUCCUUGUUUUCCCUUGAGAGUCAAGAGAAAGCAAUGAAUGAAAAUAUUCAGAAAAUUAAUUCUUUCACCGCCCAGACAAACUCUUACAUAUCUCAUUUAGAAAUGAUAACGACACUCAAUCAACAAAUCACUAUACUCCAUAUACUUGUUACUCAAGCAAACCGCGAAUUUUCUAAGUAUAUCGAAGCUGUUAAUUUAGCUGACCAUAAUAUCGUCUCUCCUUUUCUCCUAACCCCACAAAUGUUACAUGACGAGUUAAAAAGAUACAAAAAUAUCCACGAACUAAUAAUGGACCCAAAUUUAGAAAAUAUCCAUCACUUUUUCAAGCUUUUACAUUUACAAAUUAUGUCUACAAAAGACAAUAUCAUUUUUGCAUUACAAAUCCCACUUGUGGACAAAAUGAAAUUUGAACUCUAUGAAAUAAUCCCAAUUCCUAUCCAACAUAAUAAUUCACAAUUUUUCUCCUACAUUAUGCCUCAAAGCAAUUACCUCCUAUUAUCACAAUCUCGAUCCCAAUACACUUUCCUUAACGGAUUGUCUGAUUGUCAUGAGUACCAAGAUGAACAAUACAUCUGCUAUCACCUGCAUACGAUGACUUCAACUAGCAAUCCAACGUGUGAAAUCGAGCUGCUAUCUCCACAUACGACAAAGAUUCCAGCAUCAUGUACAACUAAAACCAUCAAGGCAACCAUCGAAACCUGGCAUCAUAUCGGAAGGAAUCAAUGGAUUUAUAUCCUCCAGAAACCAACAACGCUUACGAUUAUGUGCGGAGAGAAUGAAAAUCACCUAGAAGAUGUCAUUCUCCAAAAGAGUGGAUUAAUCCAAUUGGAACCCGAAUGCCGAGGUUACACAGACCAGAUCGUCAUUGAAUCAACACGCGACAGCACGAAAAACACGACUUAUUAUAUUCCUCAUAUGAAUAUAAUCGCUGACGACUGUUGUAUCCUGCAGACUCAUUUCAGUACCAUUGAGUCCAUUACGCUGAAGCCAAUUCAUCUAACCAACAUCGACCUCAAGGACCUCCAGAUAGCUGAUAAAAAACUCAACGAGUUCGACGAAAUUAUCACAAAACAAAUGAACGAACCAUUCAUUGUCACCCAUACUAGAUGGUAUAAUGUCGCCCUUGGGAUCAUCGCAGCAUUCAUCAUUAUUAUCAUUAUUUUUCGUUGCUGCAAAUGUUUUGGACAAAUUGAUUUUUUCCAUCGUCUCCGUUAUCCUAUUACGAAUCCGAGGAACCGUGAAACGAAUCCUCCACUCAUCAGUAAUUUCGUGAAUUGUAUUUUUGACUCAUCAGAACCAUCAUCUACAUCAGUCAAUGAAAUAGUGACCUACCGACCAAGACAGGAUGUACCUGCUGUCCCUCAUCGAAUACCUGAAAUUUCGGAUGACGACGAAGUCCCACCAAUUAUUCGUUUUCCAACGCGCCAACGACCUCGUAGAAGCACAACACCAAUUUAAUUUAAUAUUUAAACUUUUUGAAUUCACAUCUAAUCUUUUAAGCACAUUUACAUUUGACUAAAUCUUAGAGUCUUUUAUCAGUUACGAAUCUUAGAUUUACAAUUCUAUCAAUUAAUUCAUCUAUUAUUGUAAUUCAAAAUAUCUUAUUCAAUUUUAUGAUUUAUCCUUUAUAAUUCAAUGUAUGUUAUUCAAUUUUAUGAUUUAUCCUUUAUAAUUCAAUUUAUCUUGUUCGAUUUUAUGAUUUAUCUUUUAUAAUUCAAUAUUAUUAUAAUUCAAUGUAUCUUAUUCAAUUUUAUGAUUUAUCCUUUAUAAUUCAAUUUAUCUUAUUCGAUUUUAUGUUUUAUCUUUUAUAAUUCAAUAUUAUUGUAAUUCGAUGUAUCAUUUGUUAACUCUCCGUUAACAAACUUAAGGAGGAAGGUGUUGUAUACCCACAUUAUUUCCCUAUUCCCAAGUACAGUUCAAAUACUCUAAGCUCCCAACCUAGUCCCCAUCCUAACUAAAUGGGUUUGCACUCAAACCAAUUAAACCAUUAGGUCCCAACUGUCCCCAAAAGUCCAGACAGAUUUUACUAUUCGCCAUAAAUGUUGGCACCUCCAAAAACUCCCACUCCUCAAUUUUCCUCCUUUCCACCUUAAUUCCAAGUCUCAUGUCCUGCAAGGGAACUCUCCCUUCAGUCAGUUCAAAACCACCCUGUACCCAGUCAACACCUUUCUCAAAUUCAGAAGUGUCAUCAUAAAAUAAAUUCAUCAAGUGAAUACUA